AUGACUCAAUUAAAAAACGGAAUCAAGUCGCCAAUUCAGCCCUCGCCGCGAGUAGCAGGCAACGUCCAAGAUGUGUGGUCUAUCAUCAACGCUGCAGCUGCAACUACGCCCAAUCAGCCUGUGGUGAACAUGGGACAAGGCUUCUUUGGCUACAAUCCUCCCCAGUUUCUCAUUGACGCUGCGAAGAGUGCGGUAGAGCGCCUCGACUGCAACCAAUACGCACCUCCAAAAGGCCGUCUCCGUCUGCGAGAAGCCAUUUCCAAUGCCUAUUCUCCUUUCUGGGGCCGGAAGCUCGACCCAGAGACCGAAAUAACCAUCACCACGGGCGCUAAUGAAGGUUUUCUGAGCUGUUGCAUGGCCUUUCUCCAGCAGGGCGACGAGGUGUUGCUACUAGAGCCCUUUUUCGACCAAUACAUCAGCAACAUUGAGAUGGCCGGUGCCAAGGUUGUAUCUGUGGCGUUGCAGCCACCAAAGUCAGGAAUGACAAAAACUCAUUCUGCUGGCGAAUGGUCGCUUGAUGUUUUGGCAUUGAAGAAGGCCAUUACUCCCAGAACGAGAAUGCUCGUUUUAAACACACCUCACAACCCAUUGGGCAAGAUUUUCAACCAUGAAGAGCUGAAACAGAUUGCCGAUGUUUGCGUUGAGAACAACAUUCUUAUCAUCUCCGAUGAAGUCUAUGACCGACUAUUCUACGUGCCAUUUUCUCGCAUUGCGACCAUGUCGCCCGAGGUGGAGCGCAUUACUUUGACUCUCAGCUCAGCGGGAAAGAACUUUUAUGCCACAGGUUGGCGAGUUGGUUGGGUUAUGGGUCCAUCCGAACUCGUCUCAUACGUCACAAAGGCGCAUGCACGAAUUUGUUAUUGCUCUCCCUCACCUCUUCAAGAAGCGUUUGCCAUUGGCUUCGAACAGGCUGAAGCAAAUGGCUUUUGGGACGAAUGUAUCUCUGACAUGAAGUCCAAGAUGGACAUGUUUAAUGAGAUUUGGCACGAGCUUGACAUGCCCUACUCCGAGCCUGAAGGUGGCUACUUUGUCGUCGUCAACAUGAGCAAAGUGCAACUACCAGAGAAUUACGACUUCCCUACCCACGUAUUGAAUCGUCCAAGAGACUUCAAGUUGGCGUGGUUCCUGAUCCAGGAACUUGGAGUGGCAGCAAUUCCGCCAAGCGAGUUUUACUCACCGGCUAACCAACACAUUGGAGAGCAGUGGAUGCGGUUUGCCGUAUGUAAACCGAAUGAAGUACUGGAGGCUGCCAAGGAAAGACUAAGAGGAUUAAAAAAGUAUAUUAAUUAG